UGCCGUAUUUCGCAACGCCCAUGACUUCGCAUCUGAAUUAACUAUUGCAAGCCAUUGCUGAAUUUCCACAUGUUAACUGAUCUUCUUGCUGACAUGAUUCUAAACCCACACACGUGUUAAGGAACACUUGCAGAGACUGCAUCUUGAGUUGUGUUACCAUGGACACAGCCCCAGACACUCUAAACGAUGCCAGAUAGACCGUUGUGACCGUGAGCGAUGUUCUGCUGUACCGGAGACCUGCAGGUGUGCUGAUGAUGAGGAGCUCAGUCUGGCCAUCAGCAGAGCAGACCUGCAGCUGGGCCGCGCCGCAGCCUGGGGCUCGCCUAGCCCAUCCAUGCCUGUGAUCCCCAUCCCUCGGCGGGUUCGCUCCUUCCAUGGCCCCCACACUACCUGCAUGCACUCGGCCUGCGGCCCGGCCCGCACCGCCCAGCUGGUGCGCUCCAAGUACAACAACUUCGACCUGUACCUGAAGUCCCGCUGGAUGUACGGCUUUGUCCGCUUCCUGCUCUACUUCGGCUGCAGCCUGUUCACGUCUCUCCUGUGGGUGGCGCUGUCGGCCCUGUUCUGCCUGCAGUACGUGGGCGUGCGUAUCUUCCUGCGGCUGCAGUACAAGCUGUCCAUCAUCCUGCUGCUGCUAGGCCACCAGCGCCUGGACUUCAGCCUCCUCAACGACCUCUUCAUCUACAGCAUGCACGUCACCAUGUUCCUGGUGGGAGGCCUUGGCUGGUGCUUCAUGGUCUUCGUGGACAUGUAGGUCCACUGGACAUGGGCACGCACAGGAGCAGACAACUCUCUAACACUGAAAAGGGACCUUUAGGGACCUUCGGCAGAGUGGGGCCACAUGGUGCAGAGCUUGAGGAAGCACGCUGACCUUACGCGCUGGCCUGAAGGGAAACUCUGAAAGGGAACUUUUGGGGAAAAGAGUUCAUGGAGCAGACAUACAGUGUCCCAAAAAGAAUUUUGGACAGUUAAACCAUCAAAAAACGUCCAUGAUCGCAAUUUCACAAAUUGAUUUAAUAACAUGUUGGAUAAGUUGGUAUUAUUUCCAUAGAAAAUCACAUUUAGUACUACUCCAGAAAUAUGUUGUACUAAAAUAAAUACAUCGGGUUUUCUCCUAAGAAUUAAUGAGCAUAACCCUUCUAACUCACAAACCAUUUGAAACCGGGUCAUAGGUAUGGAUAUCGAGGGGGAGUGAUGUGGUGUAAACCUUUCAAAAGCUCUAAGAAUAAGACAGAUAGAAUAAAGUUUGCAAGAGACUUUGCACAGAAAGACAGAAGGUUUGGGGGAGGGGGGUUGUGGUGGUAAGAGGAGUCUAAAUUGAACCCUCAUGGAUCUGCUGGAAAGCCUGUGUGGAGAAAGCUAGGGGAAGGAAUUCCACACAGACUGCAUUAAGGAGGUAGAGGUGAGAGUGUCUUAGUAUGGGGUUGCUUUUCUUUCCAUGGUGUAGGGGAAUGUUAUUUUAUUAUUUAUUAAUGGAAUCUUAAACACUGAAGCGUAUCAAGGAGGUUUUGAUGCAAACUGAAAGAAAUCAGCCAAACAAUUAUUCAAGCAACAGAAGUGGAUCUUUCAGCAGGCUAAGGAUCAGAGGCAUGAAUGCAUGCUUGUCUUUGAAUGACCCUCCCAGAGCCCUGACUUCAGUCUCAUUGAGGUCCUAUUGGAUGCCGUGAAGAGAAAGCAUUUCAGCUCAGUGAUGCACUAGUGUGGAUGAAAUGAAAGCUUUGCUGGCAAAAAUAUGGAGGACAUUUUCAGCACAGCUAGUAGAGAAAUAUGUUUAUUCAGUGCCCAGAUGUUUCCCAGCAAUUCUGCAAGCUGCAAACUAAAGGUUGACAAAUGAAAUACUUAAACAUUGUAACUGUGACCUUUUGUGAAGCCUCUCUUAAAUGUCCAAAUACUUUUUUGUCUUCAUUUAGGACUAUGUCUCUAUUGUUUUAUCAUUUAUAACCAAACAAGAUUCUUUAUGUGGACUAUUUGGAUUUGGACAUGUAUGUAUGCUAUCUUUCGUUUUUAAACGGCAUUUAGUUUUUGCUGUUUUUUUUAUGCAAGUGUGGCUGAAGUGUCGAAAUACUUUCUGGGGCCACUGUAAGUGUACUUGAAGUCUCUGUAACUAAACUUGUUCAGCUAUGUUUUUCUCGUUUGUUUGUUUGUUUGUUUGAUUUUUUUAACAUUCAAUUAUGCUGAUGUUUUAUAUGAUGCGCAAUGGAACAUUUGUGUGUUUUGUGUACAGAUAUUUGAAAUGUACAGUUUGCGCUGCUUAUUUGUUGCAAUAUGUCCCUCACCAGUGCGUUGCGCGGUCAUUAGCUGUGUCUUGAAGGUUUGUAUUGUGACCUCUUGUGGUUGGCCCUGAAACUGUAGUCCUGAGUCACAUGUUCAAUGAAGCCCUCAUUCUAAAACAGAUUGUUGCCUCCUUCAGUAUUCUGAGGCCAGUAGCACCAUGCCCAAUGCUCCCCCCCCCUUCUGUACUGCCAACCAAAGUGGUGUGAUGCCCAUGUUUCAUUGUGGGGCAUUACGCACCAAACUUUGGCAGGAGCCCACUGAGGAGAAGCACAAGCGCUCUUUGUUCUGGGAUCAAGACAUCAUAUGCCUCAUACUUGGCAAAUCAAACAUUUUAGUGUGACCCUUUGUGUUGGUAAUGAAUCGACAGCCGUGGCAUUGGAGAACAGGGCAUCACACACAUGGCAGCACAAUCUGGAUGUAGAGGCGCAAGGAAGUGGUGCCACUGGAGCUGCCAAACGGUGUUAGUGCGACCACAUCACUCCUGUCAAACGCCAUCCUUCAACUCUGAACGCGCAUGUCGUCCUGAGCACUCGCGAACGACAUGCAGAGAUUCACCCUGGCCUGUCUGUCUGAUGGAGAGCUCUAUUUUGGGGACUUUAAUGCUUCAAAUCUAAAGGCCUCUCAGGAAGUACAUUGAUGACUAAAUGUAUUAAAUGUUUGUUUUUUUAAACUAA